GCGCCGGUCUCCCUGUGCGCUGAUCCGCCAUGGCAGCGGUGUUCGUGCUUCGGAGCUUGUAUCGAGCGCGACACAUCCUUCGCUGGCCGCUCGCGCAGCUGUCCUGGGCCCCAGGGCGUGGGCAUCGGCUCACGCCGACGGAUGAUGAGCUGUAUCAGCGGACGCGAAUAUCUCUGCUGCAGCGCGAGUCCCCGCAGGCGAUGUACAUCGACAGCUACAGCAGCCGCGGCUUCGUGGUCAAUGGAAAUCGCGUGCUUGGGCCCUGCGCGCUGCUUCCGCACUCGGUGGUGCAGUGGAACGUAGGUUCCCACCAGGACAUCACCGAAGGAAGCUUCUCUCUCUUUUGGAUGCUGGAGCCCCGAAUAGAGAUUGUUGUGGUGGGCACUGGAGACCGGACUGAGCGGCUGCAGCCCCAGGUGCUGCGAGCCAUGAGGCAGCGGGGCAUCGCUGUGGAAGUGCAGGACACACCCAAUGCCUGUGCCACUUUCAACUUCCUGUGUCAUGAAGGCCGGGUGACAGGAGCUGCUCUCAUUCCCCCACCUGGAGGGGCUGCUCUCACAUCUUUGGCCCAAGUCUCAAAAAAAUGAACCACCAGGAACCUUGCCACCCUUUGCUGAGUGCAGGGGUUUCCAGUUUUUACUAGCUCCUCCCCUUUGGCACUGUAACAACUUGUCUUUCUAGCCAGCAAAUUAAUAAUUUAAUCUACUUCUCACAA